CUGCACUCACCGUUAAUGACAUUCACGAUUGACAUCGCACUGUGUCGGUGCGAAAUAUACAAGUCAACAUGUACAUUAAUGCGAAAAUAAAGGUCCUGUUUCUGGUUGUCCACUUUUGCAUCACCAUUCUCGGCGUACGUCAAUGUUUGCUCGAAGAAUUGAGGCUCAGAAAAUAUCACAAAGUCAAAGCUUGCAGACGAUCGCAGGCCACGAUCACAUCACAGACAAACGUUCGAGAUCUAAGUGAGUGCAUCUCCUACGCUAGGGAGAAAAAAGGAUUGGCAUUCAAUUUUAGUCCAUUCUACGUCAAAGACAGCAGAAUAAAUGUACACAAUUGUCAAGUGCUUGGGUGUCCGGAAACUGCGAAUCUAACAACUCUAGUCAAAGACGCGGCUUUUGAUUAUUACAGUUCUUAUGGAAAUUAUUCAGCACUGGAUAAUUCGCAUUGUAUUAAAUCGAUUGGGAUGUUUCGAUUAAUCGAUGUAAAAGAAAACUACAGUACUGCUAUUGACCAAUGCCAGAAAUUGGGUGGAGAUUUGGCUCACAUAUUAAGCGAAUCCAGGACAAACGCUCUCUCAAAUUUAGUUUCAAACUUUGUAAGGGAUUGGUACAAAGUGGCAUUCGUUGGAUUGGAUGAUACACGACGUGAAGGAUUGUUUGAGACCCCUUUGGGCGAUCCAAUCACCUGUUACAGAUUUAGGGCCUGGGGACCAGGACAACCUAGGAAUGUUAUGAAGAGUGACGACUGCGUUGUUCUAGAUUCCAAAAAGACUUGGAAAGUUAUAAGCUGCUCACACACAUUACCUUUCCUUUGCGAAUAUUAUCCAAGCUCUGCUAUAUCUGGAUCAUAUGAAGACGUCGAUUGCGAUGAUUUGGAUGAUUCAGAAGAACAAGGUGAAUGUAUAACCGACAAACGAAAAACAAAUAGAAUAAAACGUAGAUGUUAUUAAUUUUUUUUAUUGUAAAAUAAUCAAACAGAUUAAAUAUUUAUGCAUCAAAUGAACAGAAAGCUGA